AUGUGGCCUAACCAGUGCUUCCAGAUGAUGGAGGAUAAUGAGGCCUCCAACGCCCUCUUGACCCAAGCGGCAGACCGACUCGACGCUGCAACCAACGCUUUGAUGAAAGAGAAGGACGAAUUCGCCUUGGCCAAAGAGCAGCUUCUCGAGAAAGGAACCCAGUUUGCGUCCAUCAAUGUUGAGCUGGAGAAGGCUAUGGCGGCCGUCGAACAGCUUGUUGCCAUCCAGUGCAACAACUUCGCCAACUACGACAACUCACUGAACAUUACCCCGACUUCCGGCGCUUUCUCCGGAAUGGGUAUCUUCGACCCCCAGGAGAUUGCUUCUUUCCAGAUGGAGCUUGACAAAGAGAAGGACGAGCUUGAGGCUGUCAAGAUUGCUCUGAACGAUGCUUUCUCAGACAUCAAUUUGGUCCAGGAGGAGCCUGAUGUUAACCAGAAUGGUGCCAAGGGCGAUGGUCAGUACGUUCUCGAGCAAAAGAUCCCCGCUUCCGACUACACAAACACAAACGGAACCAUCGACACCCAGGCCAAGGAGCGAGAGGAGCUCAAGGCCUCUAUCAUUGAGGAGCUGAAGAAGGAGCUGAAGACCCAGCUCAAGGCCGAGAUCAAGAACAAACUGAAGAACAAGCUCAAGGCCAAGCUCAAGGCCGACAUCAUGACCGAGCUCAAGGCCGACAUCAUGACCGAACUCAAGGCUGAGCUCAAGGGAGAGCUCAUCAAGCAUAUGAAAUCGAACAUCAAACACGAAUUCAUCAAGCACGAGAUCAAGGACGCCGUCUCCCACGAGAUCGCUGGUUGUAUCAAUCCAAGUCUCGUCAGCGAGAUCUACAAGGAGAUGAGAGAGGCCCUGAAACGCAUCAACGACAGGGAGGAAGAGCUUGAGACGAGCUUCGACAAUGUAUACCACCGUCUCUACGACAAUGAGGCGGAGUUUCAGAUGACCUUCGACAAUGCACUCCGCCGUCUCAACGAGCAGAGCGAGGAGCUUGAGAAGAAGAAGGCGGGUGAGAUGAAGGAAAAGCUGCGACGCAUCGACUACAAGGAGGAGGAGCCUCAGAUGAACUUCGACGAUAAACUCCACCGUGCCAAGGUUGAUAUUGAAAAACUUGCGAAGAACAUGGCGGAUGACAGGGACGGAAACUCGGGAACCCGAGCGGUCCAGAUGUGGAACGAGACACGCGACAAGAAGCGCCAGGCGAAGAAAAGUGCCCGAAAAGAAUCGGCUAUCGUCCCCGUUCCCCUCCCUCUGCGCUCCAACGUGAAGUCUGAGGGCUCCAUUGUCGGCCGCUGUGUUGCGGCGAACGCUUGCGAUUGGGGUGCCUGGGGUGCCGAGACGCCCGCUUCCGAGUCCGCGCAGGAGAAGUCUUAUGGCGCUUGGGGCGAGCGGCCCACCGCCAAGGCUAAGAAAGCGGAAUCUUCAGCGUGGUGGUAG